AUGGUCAACACUCCACGAUCUCUGGAAGAGGGUGCCCAGCGCUUGGUGGAGAGUGCAGAGGCAGCUGUUCAGGAUGGUGCUGCUGCCUUUUCAACUGCCUUCACACCAAUCGUGGAGGGUGCUCGAGCAGUACAUGAUGGCAUUUGGUCAGGGGUCACUGCUGUUGCCCGGAGUGUCUCACGAUCUUUCUCAACAGGACCAUCGCACGCCAGGCGUCACUACACUCAGAUGGAGGAAGAUGACAAACAGGACAUGAAGCGGGAAUAUCAAAAGCGUCAAUGGGCUGAGUCAAUGGAAAGGAACCUCUCAAUGCUGAAGCAAAUCAUUGAGCAUAGGCGGAAUGAGUUGCACAUUGCAGACAUGGGCAACGAUCAAGAGAGGAGACGAACCCUUGAGGCUGAGCUACGUGAUCUCAAAAUCCGGCAGGCACGCCUGUCAUGUGCCUUGUGGGUUCAACCCGAAGACCUUCCAAGUUCGCAGACCUUGCUGGAAAUGCGCAACCCCAAAAAACUGCAAGUUGAGCUAGAAGCUAAACUUGUCGAGCUGGGCUUAAUUGAAGCAAAACCACCGAGGCCGCCCUUGCCCACAUCCAGCGCCAAAGCAGAUGCAGCCACGUCGCCCGACGCACUUUGGAGUGCACAGCAGCAGUCCGGACCUGCUGGCCUUGCAAUUCCGAAGCUUCUUCGCAACGAGGAGUCCGGCACUCCGGUGUCUGGCGCUGGGUGCCAGACGUCCCAAGGUGCCAAACCUCAAACGCCUCGGAGGAGGCCAGGGCCGGUCGAGACUCAGACUGGUGACACUGGAGGUCCGGAGAGUGGUGGAGAGGCAUUGGAGGCUGGAACUGGAAGCAGCCCAGUGCGUGCAGAGAAAGGGAAGGGAAAAGCUAUGACCAAGGGCGGCAAGGGAGGCAAGAAAGGGCCGCCUGCAGUGGCGAAAGGUGGAACGGCUGCAGAUGCAGAUGCUGAUGCCAAAGGGGGGAAGAAAGGAGCGCCAAUGAAAGGGGGAGGACGGAUUCGGAAGGUCACUCCUUUGGGUCGGAGAUUUCACUGGAAGGAACUCCAUGCUGAAAAAGUAAAAGGGACAGUCUUUGACAAGGCCGAGUCUCCUGGAAUGGAGACCAUUGACCUUCAGUUUGAUGGGCUCAAGAACUACUUUGCAGAUGACGAUGAGCUGUCCAAGCAGGGCAUUCCUGUACCGCAGAAGUCGCAGGAGUUCAUCAAGGUCUUUGACAAUACACGCAUGCAGAAUAUCGCCAUUAAUUUGCGUGGCAUUUUCGGUCAGAUGCCUUCCAUCCAAGACAUGGAGUUCCUAGCUGCAGGCAUCCACGCAGUCGACCCUGCCAGAGCUGGGCCAAGUUCAUUGCCUCUCCGGGAUGCAGAGAAGAUCGCGUUGUUGCCAACAGCCAUCCCCACUGCAGAAGAGGCCAAGCAGCUGCAGGAGAACCCACCGGAACAGCUGCGCCAAGUAGAGCGGCUUGUUCUCCCACUGGCGCAGCUGACACGCUGCACCCAGCGAAUACGUGCAUUGCGCUUGGCAGCACAAGCGGAAGUUCUUCACGAUGCCCUGCAGGGACGGAUGGAGUGCCUCCAUGGAGUUUGUGAAGCACUGCGAGAUUCCCUGGCACUGCGGCGCUUUCUGCGUACGGUUGCCAAGCUCGGCAGCUGGAUCAACUCUGCAGAUCCUGAGAUGGAGAAGGGCUUUGCCAUCUCCUCCGCCCUUGGCAAGCUUCGGCUAUUCCGUGCUGUGCGGGAGGACAAGGCAGUGUCCUUGCUGCAUAUCGCAAUUCUGGCUGCAGCUGGCGCUGAGGUGCCUGUGGUUCAGCGCCUUUGUAGCAGUUUGUCGCUGGAGUUGGAAUGCUUGGAUCAAGUGGUCCGAGAAGACUUGGCGGACCUGGAGCAAGCCAUCAAGAACUUCGCAACGGAAGAGGCGUGGCUCCUGCGGGAGUGCGAGCAAGGGGAAUACCCGUUGGCAGUGCGGGCGAGGCUGAAGGCUGUACACCAGGAGCAACUUCUCCCAAUGCAACAGCACUUGAACGAGUCCUACCGCUGCUUGCGACCACGGCUGUCUGAGACGCUGGGCUUCUUUGCAGAGGCUGAGACGCCAUCGGUGGAGGCAGCUGCGGAGCAACUCUUCAAGACACUGCAUGCGUUCAAGAAAGAUGUGGCCAGUGCAUCUGCCGAAAUCUUGGCUCAACCUCGGAGAUUCUUAAAGGCAUAUGCCGCUGGAGCAGCCAAAGAAGAGGAGGUCAAAGAGGUGAAGCAUCGGGUGCGUGCUCGGAGUGUGUCAACUGCGCGGACAUCAGCCGCCUCUGCUCGUCGCAGCAGUGGACCAGCAAGGACCUCCUUGGCGGAUAGGGUUGCUAUGCAGAAGUCAGUGGCAGCUAGCAAGGAGGACUUCCGGGAUCCUCCACGGGAACGUGCUCUCUCCCUGGAAUACUGCGACGCCAUGCAGGCUGAAUUCAUUGCACUGGGCACAUUCGAUAGCCCGAAGACCUUCCUCUCUUUUUGCCCAGGACAGUGGUGGCCGCAGUUGUGGGCGAAGUAUGGCGAGCUCCAAAAGGUUGGCGUUCUAGGCGGCCUCUUGUGGCAGCUUGCACCUUCGCACAGAUGCACACGGCAAACCCUCUCCGAAUUGGAAGAGUUAGCAAAAUCUUUGCCCCAGAAUGUUUUGCAUGUCUUCGAGUUCCGACACAGCUCCUGGUAUGGUCAAUACCGUGAGGAAGUCGUUGCCCUGCUGCGCAGGUGGGGCUUGUGCAUGGCAUGGAUUCAUAUCAAGAAUUCAGACGGCUGGUGCGGGGACCUCGAAGAUGGGUGGCCUAGCCUAGCCCGUACCUGCAAUACAGCGUACUUGCGUCUCUUUGGAACCAAGCAGAAAGCCAUCGGUCGAUACGGGGAGGAAGUGAUCCGUGAAAGCAUCCUGCCGAUGGUUCAGGGUGCAGGAGCCCCAAAGGAUUCCAUCGUGGUCUUUGCCCAAGCGGAUGUUCCAAACCAUGCGAAAGCAGAUGCAUCUUUCAUGACUGAAUUGCUUGGCCGUGGAGAUCAUCAGCCUGGGAGAAGUACCAAGUGGGAGAGAGAUGUGCUCGUUGCCACGUUGGGUCUGGGCAUUGGGAACCACGUGAGCGGAAAAGUCCAACGCAUUACACAUCGCACGGUGUUCAUCGACAUCGGCCGCUCCUGCAGAGCAUUUCUGGAUGCGAACCACGCACGCCGUGCUGGGCUUCUUGAGAGCUUAAAGAUAGGCACCCAGAUCGACAACUUGGAAGUUCAGCAUUUGGACUUUCAAGGGGAGUGGGGUAUAGUUGGCCUUUCUUGCCACAAAGCGUCCGUGAGUCUUGGGGCUGAAGAAGAUCAUUCUUCAGCUGUAGAUGCUGAGCAACCAACGCAGGCAGUACCUGCACCUCACAGCCGUUGGCUUCGGCAAAGCACUGAGAGUUCUGAGGAGACUCCGGCGGCCCAGGCGGUGGCGGCCCUGGAGGAACGGCAGGGCGACCGACCGCCGCUGCGGCGGCCGCGCUGGGCCAAUCGCUGCUUCGAGGGAUUGGCCGAAAUUGGAAGGGCAUCUGGCAGUCGCCAUGUGAAGCCUGUAGACCCUGAGCAAGAGGAAGAGCGGCUCCGCGCCAAACGCAUGGCCACCAAAGCUCGCCGGGAUGAACGUGUUGGCCGCUGGGCACGCGCGCUGGUGGAGAAAGCAAUCGCUCCACGCCCGCCCAGCAAGCGAAGCCGCAGUGAGGGCCCAGCCCCACGCACACGGAAAGAGGAAGUGAUGAUCCGGGAAGAGCUGAAGAAGGAAGAGGCUGCAGCAUUGGGCCGGGCAGAGAAGCGAAAGGGUGAACAGCACCCCAGGCGUGCAAGCCAAGAGGCCCAAGAGGACUGGUCACAAGACCAGUGGGCGCAAGCACAAGUGUUGCCUGGCGAACCUGGUGAUGGGCCGAUUGCAUGUAGCGUAGAUGAGUUUUUGCUGAUGCAAAUCGAGCGUCGUGAGGGUGAAGAGGCUGGAUACGAUGCAAAGAACUCGGAGACUUUUGGCCCUGACGACGAUGUACCAGGCUGGAGCACAGGGCCGGUGGUCAAAGUUCAAGAGCGCGUUGUCGAGCGGCGUAUGUGGAGGCCUGGGCUGCAUGACGAUAAGCUCAAUCGCAACUUGAUCACGGACACUAAGGCACAUGAAGUCUCCCAGUGCUUUGACAACUCUGACUCUCUUCAAAAUUCUGAAGAGAAGAGAGAAGCUGAAGUGAUAGACCCACAUGAGACAGAAUCAGAUGCGCCUGAAGAAGACUGGCAUAUUUGUAUGUCCACGAACCAAAACGUGGAAGAUUUCUGGGAGGAAGAGAUGGAGAAGGCUUCAGAUGAUUCAGAAGCUGAGGAGAUUUCAAAACAGACCCCAGACCAGAUAGAGGACAAGACCACGCAGGCCAAACCCUGGAAUUGGGUGCCACGCUUACGUGUGGGCUCUUGGGCAGAUGCCUCAGAAGGAGCAGAUGAGCCGAAGCAGGCAGAAGAGGCCGCAGAGUCACUGGAUGUGAUGCCAGAAAACCCGGAAAAGGUGGCACCAGAUUCAGAGGUUGAGGAAGUCAUUCACACUGGCCCCGUUGACGCAGAGCCACUGCUGAAUCAAGCUGACCACGCAGCUGAAGAUCCUCAACCAAAGAGAGAUAAGAGAGCAGCGGAACAUGAUAAGAAGAUAAGGAGCCAGUUCAAUGCGGCGCAGAAUGAAAAGAAUGCCAAGAAUAAAGUGGGCCAAGUGCGUAUGGAUGAUGACGCUGAAGAAGCCCCUGCGCAUCAACGACGUGCAUGGCGAGGCCGAGCCCACCCAGAGCAGUGCAUUCCUGAGGAACCUAAGGCGGGUUGCAUGGGAGCAGUGAUGAUGAGAUCGUCCUUGCUGAGCAGCUAG